UAAUCGAAGUUUUAUUAAAAAAAAAAAACAAGGUGAGGUUAAUAGUCCAAUUCACGAAUUUACGAAAAAAAAUUCUUUAACUAAUUUAUUCACAAUAUUAUAAAUAUUUGAACACACAUUUGUGUCUCAUUCUAAACUAAAUAUUUGUCCAAAGAUUUACAAACAAAUUUCAAAGUUUCCAUAUUAAAAUUACACACGCUUGCAAGUUCACCACUUUGUCGUGUGUCGUGAUAAAGAAAAAAAAGGAGAGAUUCUUUAAAACCUAUUUAAUUUUUUUCAAUACUUCAAUAUUAAAAAACCACUGUGAAUUAGUUUAAAGUUUAUCAUUUUCAUUCAGAGAAGAAAGAUUUCAUAAAAAAAACAAAAUAUGCCACCAAAAGAAAGAAACAUCGCAAUCAUGGGAUAUCGAUCAGUUGGUAAAUCAUCGCUGAGUAUCCAAUUUGUCGAAGGACAAUUCGUUGACUCAUAUGACCCCACAAUUGAAAAUACCUUCACAAAAAUCACCCGAGUAAAUCAUCAAGAUUAUGGCGUAAAAUUAGUUGAUACUGCUGGUCAGGAUGAAUACAGCAUAUUUCCUGCACAAUAUAGUAUGGACUUUCAUGGAUAUGUUCUUGUCUAUUCGAUAACAAGUCAAAAAUCAUUUGAAGUUAUUCAAAUUAUUUAUGAGAAAUUGUUAGAUGUUAUGGGAAAGGCACAUGUACCUGUUGUUUUAGUUGGAAACAAAACUGAUUUGCACCAAGAAAGAGCUGUUACUGCUGAAGAAGGCAAAAAAUUAGCAGAAUCGUGGAAGGCAGCGUUUUUAGAGACAUCUGCUAAGCAAAAUGAGUCUGUUCAAGAUAUAUUCCAUCAACUUCUUCUGCUCAUUGAAAACGAGAAUGGAAACACGCAAGAGAAAAGUAGCUGCGUUAUUUCAUGAGCAAGACAACACCACACGAAACUAA